GAGCGGCCAAUGUAAGCAUCGCACAUUUAGCAUUAAACCGCCAGUCUACGCUGUGUGCUCCGAUAAAAUAUUUUAAAGUAUUAAUGUUUGUAAACGGUGAACGUUUUAUCACUUCUCAGUUCGAAAGGAUUAGUCUAAACAUAGACAGAAACAUGCAACCGAAAGCCGAUAGACCUGUGGGCCCGAAGAGCGAGCCUCCUCAACUACACCUGACUCCAUCAGGUGGAGCACAGAAACGGAAUGAAGUAUCACCACAACCCGGGAGCAACCCUUGGCUGCUGAAGCCACAACACGAAAUCCCGCCCACACCACCGCCACAAGCCAACCCCCAGCCCCUCGAAUUCUUCCCACAAAGGAUAGGAUAGACUUACAAAAAGAACUCACGAAUAAAUAAUAUUGAAAUGUAAAUGGCAAGUUGCCAUUUUGUCAUUCUGGCUUUUAAGAAAAGCCGAAUAAAAAUACGCCUCGUUACGUUAAGCAAGAAUUUGCGUAAAUGCCGGAGACGAACGAAGGGAAACUUCAGUCAGGCGAAACAUGAAGUGCGUCAGUGGCAUGUGUGGUGUGUGGUCAACCUGGGAGACUGCGACUGGAUGCGAUAUAAUGUUUGAUAAUAAAUAUAGUUUGUGGCAGACCACGUGCCGACAUAACAUUAACUGUGACAAGCAUAGAUGGAUGCUUUUAGUGAUAGUUUUAUUAAUAGUGAUGUAGACGCAGUGAAAGCAAUUAUUAGAACUAUAAACAUUCGUUUAAAGUUUAAGAUUUACAGAAUUUGUUAUCUGUUCAAAUUUAAAGUUAUAAAAUAUCUAAUUCUUUCCUAGAUAGGUAUGACUAUAUUGUUAAACUAAAUUAAGUACGUCCAACAAUAAUCUCGAGCAAUAAAUUAUUGAGAUAAAUAACUAUCAAUUAGAUAAUGU